AUUGAUAAACAUUGUAUCUUACAAUACUGUAUGAAAUGAUCAUAUGAUUUUCAAACUAUUUUUCAACAUAUGAUAUACGAUAUUGUGUCAAAACAGUAUCCAUGAAUCCCCUAUGGGUCACCUGCAUAAUGUUUUCCCAUACAAUAAUUAAUUAUAUACAUAAAUAUGGUUUUGAAAUCUUCAGACAGGUUUGGAAAGGUUUGGAGAGUUACAAAAAAUAGUGAUCAACACCAAAAUUCAUGCAUUAUUUCGUCAUCUCAAAAGAUCCUUAUGUAUAUAUACCCACACAGUGUUGCAAAAGAAGAUUAAUUAUUAUAUAUUAACUUCAUGUUUUAUAGCAAUGUAUUAAAUUUAAUUAAUAUUGGUGUAGAUAUUUUAAAAUAUUAACUUUAAUUUUGUAUGUUAUAGACUGAUUCAUGGUGAGGCUAGCAUGAUUCAUAUGAACCAAUAAAUUUAAAAUUGGUUGCAGUAAAUAGGAAUGUUUCUGUAUGAAUUGUGAUAAUACACAUACAAACACUACAUUAAGCAGACUAGUCCACUGAGAUGCAUUAAGCUCUCAGCGAUAUUAUGAUAUUAUGAAUUGCAUUUAUGGUUUGAUAUAUGCUAUAUAGAAAUUACUCAUUGUUACUUUAGUGACAGUAUCUAAAAGAUCAAAAUCUUGGCUUCAUUUUUAUUCCUCUGUUAUUCAAUUAAAUGGUAUCUUUGAAGUAGAAAAAUAAUUUUAUUAUAUCAGAGUAGAUUGGCAAAUGACAUUUGGAUUUGAGACGUUAAGUAUCAUUUACCACAGUACCCAUAAGCCACUAGGAAUAGGAGCUGUUGAUGCUUGGUGUGGAUAUAAACUCAAUGAUCGUAUAGACAAUGAUGGAUCUAGAACAUUUGUACUGGUAUUACCCAGAGAGAGAGAGAGAGAGAGAGAGAGAUUACUAUACACUUCUAUCUUUAGAUUGAUCGUUUGUACCAGAAUUUUUGAAUUAAAAUAAUAUUCAACAGCAGCUAAUAAUAUCUGGUAUGUUGAUAUUAUAAAUUUAGUGGGUGAUGUAAGGAUUUUUUGAAUGAUUUUUUUGACUAUGUGUUAUUUAUGUUUAAUAUGUAUCUAUUUGUUUGUUAUAUAAUCAUUAUGUAUUUUUAAAUGCAAGAAUGUUAAACAUCUAAUUUUUCUAAGGGAAAAUGGGAACUCUUGAGACACAGUACAGUGAAAAUUACCAUAUUGCCAAGUAAUUGGCUGGUAUUUGAAUCAAAAACUGUAUUACUUUUUAAAAUAUUAGCUUAUUUUUAAGUGUGCUGAUGAACUUAAGUCAGAUGUUUGUAUUAAAUAUGUGAAAUUCCAUGCAGCUUUGAAAAAUUAAUGAUAAAUAUAUUGGCUCAUCGUGGAUGAAUCUGAAGUUCAAUUGCCAAGUAUUUAUAAACGGUUGGAGACCAGCAGUGAUUGGCGCCUGAACACUAAAACAUUCCACAGAUCAGGGUUUGUAUGGAUACAAGGUUUGUUUGGUUAAAUAUGGAGGAAACCCUCUUGAGUGAUGUUAGAGCACGUAAUGCCCAAGGAAAUGCUUCUCAAACACGAAGCCAGUCGUGGGUGGAGCUAAUUUUAUUAGGAAGAUAAAAGUAGUGGUUAUUAAAGCUAAAUAGCUGUAGGCUUAACAGACUCCGUACAAUCCAGCGCUGCUCUCUUGUGUAGUCCACAGUAGGUAUUAAUUAAUUAGUCUAUUGCCUGUUGUACAGGUUAGAUACUCAAUUAAAUACAUGUCAUCAUUUAUCGAAGAAGCUUGUGUGAGUUUAAUUAUUUUAGAUGCACCAUAAACAUUUGCCUAAAUUAGAUUCACUGAAAAAAAUGUUUAUUUUCAAUCAAGAUUGAUCAAUAAAAAAUAAAAAAUGAAUUGUAAGAAUUACUGACGCACAAAUUUUAAUUUCUUUGAAAUGGUUUCCUAAAAUUCAUUGUAAAUGAACUGAGAUUGAUAUAGGGUGUCAGUGACAUCUUCCAGAUAAACCCACAAAGCCUCUUGCAGUUUUAGCCCCCGAUUUAAGAUUCAUGAUGAAGGAAUGUAAUGGUGUGGUACUGUAGCGAUGACAAUGCACGUGUCUCGGUCGUUCACUGUGCUUAUGUUUGAAUUGGACCCACUUUCAAUCUUCAAUCUACUUGGGUGGCUUUUUCCUGCUUGUCACUUGCAACAAAUUCCUUUCCCCUCUCCGUGCUCUCCCUGAACUAUAGGUUCAUAUAUAUGUUAUAUGUACUAUUUUUAAAGUACAAGGUAAAUAUUAACAAUGCUCUGAAUUAUUUCAUUCAUAUCAGUGUGAAAUUAAAUGAAUGAUUUUUAAUCUUGCAAAUUAAACGAAAAAUAGUAUUAAUUACCAUUGGUCAUUAACUCAGAUGUGAAAAUUAAAGAUUGGUUGUAUCAUUCUUAAAUCACCAAGAUAAACUAAAAUGACUAAUCAAUAUAAACAACUUAUAAUAUCUAAGGAUAACAAUUAUUAUUUAAAAGAGGUGUGCAUGUCUUUUUUCAAAAGUUUGAUUCCUUUUUUUUCAGCUUGGUCAAGUUCAAGAAUCUCGUAUUAUAUAGUCAACUCGGGACAACCUUGUGGGAAAACAAACAAGACAAUAUAUCAUUUAAAGGACGUCUGAUCAACAUUGACUGAUUCAUUGCAAACCUUUGAGGAUCAAAUAGAGAGAAGGAUUUCUGGAAUUCAUUAUAUCUAAUCUAAACCAAGAUCCUGAUACAUCCAAAUGAGUGUACACCAGAGCGAGGAGAGGUGAAGAAUGCAUCAGCUGCUGCCCCAGUACAUCAUCUGGACUGUGUGUUCUACUCUGUUUACCAUCACGUAUGGUUGUGGUAGAACGCCGGCCACCCCCCGCCCCACCACUGCUGCACCAGUGACAACUACCUCUUUUGUCAGUAACAGGAAACCUUGCACACAAAAUGAAACUGUGUCACAAGGUUGUCUCAAUGGAGGAACCUGUUUCGUCAUGGAGUUUGAAGAAGGGCAUAGAACAACCCAUUGUUACUGUAAAGAGAACUACAUUGGGAAAACCUGUUUUUACAUUGAUCCAACAUUGAUCUUUCAACGGGAAAGAGAAGAUCAUGUAAAGGCAGCGGCCAUAGCAGCCAGUGUGGUGGGCAUUGUGCUCUUUGUCACGGUCAUCGUGUGCAUCCUUGUGCUGCGCAAAAGGUAUAUUAGGAGGAAAGCACAAGAAAAAGAGAAGGAAAAAAACGAAAAAGAGUUUCGAUCACAGAGCCCGGGACCUAAUACAGCUACAAAUGGAGGACACCAGGAGACAGAACAAUUACUGAUAAGAAAUGGAGCCCCCAUUCAAAGUGAAACUCGGGUGUAGCCUCGGAAGUUGUGUGUGAACUUGUUAUACUCAGCAAAAAACCAACAAAGCAGCAAGGAUUGUGUAUUGUAUACAACAUUGUAUAUGUUGGUGUCCAUCAUUUCUGUGACGGUGACAGCCCGUGAGACUGAUACUCAGCUCUGAUCAGAUCUGUCUUUCUGACACUGCAUUUAUUCAAACAAGUUGUGAACAAGUUGAACAUUGUGCCAUUGUUGUGACAUUUCAUGGAGCUAUAGUUUUAUGUAAGUGAGAGAGAACAAUUUUAUUGUAUACUUUACAUUUUAUUAUAGAAUGCAUUUGGAUGUUCUUUGUACAUAUUGUAGAUGGCAUAUUAUUUAUUAUAACAUAUUCUCAUACCUUUGAAAUCCAGUAACCUGGGCUUGCAGCCAAAACAUCGCACAUUCCUUCAUCUUGAAUGCAAUCAAAAUACAAACAUGUACAUUUAACGUAUUUAUUCUUUAUUCCUGAAAAAGGAGGAGAUUAAAAUGUGAAGGAUUUAACCAAUUUAAAAGUUGUGUUUAAAAACAAUGGUACCAGGCAUCAAACCUACUUAUGAUUAACUUGUUGCAUACAUAUUUUUGUGAUUGUUGUAGUAUAUGAUUCUAUAGAGAUUGAAUCAUUGACAUAAGCUGCUACACAGAGUUUAAACACUAAGGUCCUUAAUCACCGUUAUAUAAUACAUGUAUAUGAUAUCUUUGGCCACUGGAUAACAUAAAUCCAUAAUUAUCUCCACAAUUGUUUAUCAAGAAUAUGUUGUUUUAUUUUUUAAUGGUUGUAUAAGAGAGAGAGAGAGAGAGAGAGAGAGAGAGAGAGAGAGAGAGAGAGAGAGAGAGUUGUAGAAGCUGGCUUAAACAUAUAUAUAUAUAUAUAUAUAUUGUUACUUUUAAAUUUGCUUUCUUGCAUACAUGACAGGAUUGACAGCAGAGUUGGAUAAAAUAUCAUUGACAUAGCAGCCUUUAGAUUUUCAAUCACACAAUGCAAAUAUUAAUAACAAGUGCUUUAAUGAAAUAUAUUGUUUUCAAAAAUUUAAUGCACUCUUUGAUUGACUUGAAAAAUUAUUUAUUAAUAAAAAAGAUCAUUUUAAAUUAUAAAAAAAGAAAACAAGUUUCAAAUAUAUUUGCAGAGUUUAAGCUUUAUUAUAAUAACAACAUUAGAGUUAUAUUGUAAAACCUACCCCAACCUAGUUUCUUCGAAUAAUUUGGCUUGCUACUGAAUUUACGUCUUAAUGGUGUAGUAAUCUGGCAUUACAGGUACUUUGAUUAGAUAAAAUAGUACAAAGUUAUUUCAAUUGAUAGACAAUCAAUAGAAGAAAAGCUAUGUCUGUAGCUAGAGGGCCGAAGUAGAUAAUCUAGAGUACAGUAUAUCCCUGUGUGUGUAUGAGAGGGCACUUGUAUAUACAAUAGGCUAUUUAUUAAACCUCAGCAAAAUCAUACAUAUCAUUAAUUGUGUUAGUGAUGUAUUCAUAGUCCAUUAGACUGGUAGGGCUAGAUUCCAUUGUUAGGGGAGUGAGUUGUACCGCCACUACUCUGAGUGCAAUAUUUAAUUUACUACUACAUGUACAAUGUUUUACAUUUCCAGUUUCAUCACAAAUCAUGUCUUUCAUGUGGUUAUUCUAUCAGCAUACACUGUUUGUACUGUACAUUUUGUUCAAUUGUCAAGUGAUUUGUUGCUAACAUAAUUGGAUGCUUUAUACUUUGUUUAAUUUUUUUUUUAACUUGGUUUUCUAUUACUUUUGUAAUUUUAAAUUCAAACAAAAUUAUUUGAAGAAUAACUUUUUCAGUGUAAUGUGAAAUUAUAAAAAAAAUAUGGAUUCCUUUGGCAACAGGAAUGUAUUUGUACAAAUAAACAGAAAUGGCAACA